UGCGGUGAACAGGGCCAAUUAACAAUAAUUAUCAGAGUCGUAAUGUAUGUUGUACCGUCCAAAAGCUAGUCCAACGUGAUUCUACAGUAUGAAUUAGCAUCAGUAUCCCACUUAAAUAAGGCCGUACAAGUCUAAAUUAAUUAAUUUUGGGGAAAUUCAACUCAAAGGAGAGCUGACAUUAUUUAAUUUCACUGUUGGUAGAGACCUUUCCCUUUGAGGUGGAGGAAGUCUGCGAGACCAAAUUCGGGGAAUCGGUACCUCUUCAGCUCAGCGCUUGGAAGCUAAGCUAGCAACCUAUCUGGUGUCGGUGCUGUUGCUCCCACAUGCUAACUCAACAUCCAGCCAUCUGCUUUCAAGCAUGAUGUGAUUGUGAGCUAGUAACCAGCAUGCACGACCUGACAGUAGUCUAACUAUACCUGUUUGUCCGCUUGGUUUGCAAGUGCUUGGGAGAUGUGAACGAAGAAAAAGGCGUGUUGCUACCAACAUACACCAGCCACGGGUAGUCUUGACAACAGUCGCCCCCUUCGCUAGCUGAAGUUCCUCCUCCGUCUGCGGAUGAGUUAGUUUGGCUAUUUAGCUUGCUAAAAUACACCCAAGCGGUGAAUACAUGCCCAUUUCUCAACCACGAGGCGAGCUACGACAGGGAAAUUUUGCAGUUCAUGUUUCGCCAAGAAGUCGGUGUGGCGUCUUUUAUUCCAUCUUGUUCGUAUCUUUUCCAACAAGAGAAGAGGAAUAUGUCCAGAUACAACAUUUACAGCCUGCUGGACUGGAUCUAUGGCGGAGUGGACCCGAAGUUUGAGGGCAACGGGGGGCCCGAGUGCGCUGCCUUUCUCGCACCCCAGCAGCGCAUCAGUGAAAGUCUGGUCAUCGUCCUCAUCUCUCUGCUGGAAAUUGGCGUGGCAUUGAGAAAAAUCAACCUUUCUAAAGAGCUCAGAGUGGUCGGGAAAGACUGCAUAAGGGCAAAAGAGGAUAGUCUGGGGAAGAACCUGUUGCUGGUUGCCCUUUGCAUGACUUUUGGAGUUGAAGUUGGGUUCAAGUUCGCGACAAAAACCGUGAUCUAUCUGCUGAACCCCUGCCAUGUCGUGACCAUGAUUCAGAUCUUCCUGCUGGCCUGCCCACCAUGUAAAACAGCAAUGGUUGUAUUCAGGCUGCAGGUCCACAUGUUGAAUGGAGCAUUACUGGCUUUGAUGUUCCCUGUAGUCAACACCAGACUGCUACCAUUUGAGAAAGAGAUCUACUACAUCCAGCACUCCAUGCUGUACUUGGUGCCUCUUUACCUUUUCAGGAAAGGAGGUGUGUACAAGCCUGAGCCUCUGGUGGACAUGUGGUGGGCUCUGCUCUCCACCGGCAUCCUGUUCCUCUACCAUUUCCUCUUCUUGCAGGUCCUUGGCCUGGCGACUGAGGUCAACCUGAACAACAUGCUUUGUCCAGCAGUGUCUGAUCCUUUUUAUGGGCCUUGGUACCGGGUGUGGGCCACCGGUCACCAGACCCUGCUUACCCUCAUUCACGGAAAGGUCCUCACACUCCUCUCUCAACACACCGGCACCGUUUACAGAUACCUGCUGGACACACUCCGACUGCGCAGCAAGAAAGUAGACUGAAUAUCCACCAAGAUGCACUCCAAGCGUCUCACUCUGAAUGCCUGCUCUUACUAUUGACUUUUUUUUUUUUUUGUUGUUGUUUUUUUUUAUAAAUAUUUUAAUGCAUCUUUUAAGACUUAACCUCUGUUUUAUGAAACAAAGGGAGUGUUUCAGGGCCAGUGAAUCAAUGUGUCAUUCUUGUUGUGUCGUCGUUGGCUUGGAUACAUAAUUGCAUGCAGAAAUGUAACCUGCAUUUUAAAGCUGGAAGUUAGCGUUGUAGAGCUGGCCCAUUUCCAGAUGUUUCAGCAAAUUAGCGUGAGAUUUCUCCAGCUGCCUUUAUGUGAGUGUAAACAUUUGAGGACAGAAGAUAGAAGUCACCCAAAUGUCACUGCUGUUUCUGCAGUUGUUGCACUUUCAGUUCUUAAUGUGGUAGUUGCGCUAAAUUGUAUGUUAGUGGGUAAAGCCGCCAUUUUAUUUGUCUAAAGUGUGCUUUGAAGCAGAUUGCAAAUGUGAGCUGUUGUUACUGCUUGUUUAUAGCGCGAGGAUGUGUAUGGUCUCCUCAGUGUUGUCAAGACUGAAAUAGAAACUUAAUGGUGUUUCUUUGUUCCCACUUCACACCUGCCCAGGUAAUGAUGCGGUUUUGUAAGCGGUUUCUUUUGCCUCUCUGUCUCCAACCUAUUCAGAGCAUUCCAGUUAUGAUAAUCAGGGGACAUGCGGAUGUAUUACAUGUUGCAACUCAGUGAUGAAUGUGGAUUCAUGAAUCUCCACUGGGAUGAUAUUACCUUUGCCAAGGGGUUUGCUUUUGUCUGUUAUUUAUUUCUUUUGUUGGACUAUAGGAAGUUGUAUCUAAGUGUUGCUUGCCAACAUGGAAUGGUUCUAGAGUAAAUGUGUAUCUGGGCUGCAACUGUGCAGCGUGCCACUUGAAAAGAACUUGUUGCUUGAUCAGAGUUCAUCUCUCAAAGCAUUUUGAAUUCACUCCAAUACGGGUGACACUAGUCACACUCGAAGAAAAGCAUUCAGUUAUCUGCAUGAAGUCAAUAAAGGUCAUUUAUUUAUUUUCCUUAUGUAAAGCAAGUGUUAAGACUGUUAAUGGAAAGGUUUCAGUCAAAGGUAUAUAUCAUUUCAAGUAUGAGUAUGUAUUACUGUAGCAUAUUCUAUAU